UACACACUGGACCUUUAAUACUGGCCUCUCUGUACUGGUUGCUUUCCAAAUACAGAAUUGAUUUUUUUUGAGAUCCUCUAAGUCACUUACAUGGCAUUAAAUAUUUUUGAAUAUUUUACGGCUUCAAAAAUUAAAAUCCAAAACUUAUAUCGGGUAAAGAAAGCUCUGUUAUCCUAGAAUGCAAUAAGAGCAGGCAAACUGGAGGCAAGCACCCCCACCACCACCACCACCAAUAUGGUCGGACUUUCCCAGCACUGUACCAACAGCAGAACUGUUGUACUGGAAGCUCAAAGCCCCUGAGCAAAGUGCAAAGUCUACACCCCUGCUCCACCACUAUCCACUGAUCAUUACACUCACUAUCACGGCACCACAUCACCGACUUUCAAGGGACUUUAGAACAACCGGAGAAAGAGACCUUACUAAGAGUUUGGACGGUUAGGACCAGAGCAUGUUUGUGACUGUGUUCUUGCUUCUGGUCACUCUGUGUGCCCAGGGAGGAAAUGGCAAGGAGAGAAAGGAGGCACAGAGACCCGGCCAUGUGUCGGUGGUGAUAGUGGGAGGCACAGGUGACCUGGCAAAGAAGUACCUGUGGCAGGGCUUCUUCCAGCUGUACGUUAACCAGGUCAGUAGUGGAAACACCUUUUCCUUCUACGGCGGAGGGCUUUCACCUGCUGACAAGGCCACACCGGUGCUCUUUGAGAUCCUGAAGGCGGUGUCCUGCUCAAAGGAUGUAUCACAGGAGCGCUGUGCUCUGCUCAAAGAGCAGUACCUGCGGCUCUCGCAGUAUCUGCAGCUGAAGACCGUAGAGGACUACCAGGAUCUGGCCAAGCACAUUGAGCAAGAGCUUCAACAAGAGGGAAUACUAGAGGCAGGGAGGCUCUUCUACCUCUCAGUACCGGCCUUUGCAUAUGCAGAUAUUGCUGAUAAGAUCAAUAGUAGUUGCAGGCCGACCAGCGGGGCGUGGCUGAGGGUGGUGCUAGAGAAACCUUUCGGACAUGACUACAGGAGUGCUCAGAUACUUGCAUCUCAGCUCGGGAGCUCCUUGAAGGAUGAAGAAAUGUACAGAAUUGACCAUUACCUGGGGAAGCAGGUGGUUGCAAACAUACUUCCGUUCAGAAUAAAGAACAAGAAGUUUCUGGAUCCCAUCUGGAACAAGCACCACAUCGAGAGAGUGGAGAUUGUAUUGAAAGAGACCCUGAAUGUUAAAGGUCGUAUUCCCUUCUAUGACCAAUACGGUGUGGUCCGAGAUGUGCUACAGAACCACCUGACUGAGGUCAUGACCCUGUUGACCAUGAGGCUUCCCAUGAAUCUGAGCAGCAGUGAGGAAGUCCUCCGAAACAAGCUGCAGAUAUUUAGCUCCCUGCUGCCUGUAGGAAAGAAUCAAGCUGUGAUCGGCCAGUACCAAGCAUACAAAACAGAGGUUCAGCAGGAGCUGAAUAAGACAAAAGAUCACGUCAGUGUCACACCAACAUUUGCGGCUGUAUUGGCACACAUCGAUGAGGCCCAGUACGAAGGUGUGCCAAUUCUUUUGAUCUCAGGGAAGAUGUUAGAUGAACGGGUGGGAUAUGCACGCAUACUUUUCAAGAAUGACAUGUUUUGUCUUCAGAACCACAACAGCGUUCACUGCAAGCCCAAACAGAUAGUUUUCCACUUUGGGCAUGGCAGCCUUCAAUAUCCAGCUAUUCUCGUAAGUAAGAAUUUAUUCAAGCCAGUUUUAAUGGACGGUGAGUGGAAGGAAGUGAUAGAGCAAUCAGAUGUCGAUGUUCUAGGUUUGCCUAUUUUAGACUACUAUGUGCAUACUCCAACAGAGCAGAGGGAAGCUUAUUCAGAACUUAUUUCUCACAUUUUUGCUGGACGCAAGAAUAGUUUCAUUAGUACUGAAAACCUGCUGGCUUCCUGGGGCUUAUGGACACCACUACUCAGUAGCCUCGCCAGCUCUUUUCCCCGCAUCUACCCCGGGGGUGCUGACAACGCCGACCUGCUGGACGUCCGUGUGAAUGGGAAAGACAUUAGCUACAACAGUGAGGUGGUGAUAAUCAGCGAUGAUCAGAUGGGUGGCACGUCAGCAAACGGUUUCCAAGUGAUGCAAGGCAAAUUUCGUAGUGCUGACAUGGUGUCUGCCUGGGCUGCGGAGCUGGUGGAGAGGCUAGCUGCAGAUAUGCAGGAAGCAGCGGAGGCAGCGGUGCACGAGGACGGUGUUUUCCAUCUCGCCCUCUCUGGCGGGUCCACUCCCCUCGCUCUGUUCCACAGGUUGGCCCUGCACCACUUCUCCUUCCCCUGGAGGGACACCCAUGUGUGGAUGGUGGAUGAGCGCUGCGUACCGUUGACUGAGCUGGAGUCUAACUUCCACAGCCUGCAUGACCAUCUACUGCAGCACGUAAGGAUACCCUAUUUCAACAUCCACCCCAUGCCUGUGCAGCUCAACCAGCGUCUAUGUGUGGAGGAGGACGGAGGAGCGCUGCUGUAUGAGAAAGAGGUCAGCGAGCUGGUUAAUGGCUCCAGCUUCCACUUUGUACUGCUGGGAGUCGGCUACGAUGCCCACACAGCCUCUCUGUUCCCUGGUAGCAAAGUGCAUGAACUUGGUGAGAGUCUGGUGGCCCUCACUGAGAGUCCCGUCAAGCCUCACCAGCGUAUGAGCCUCACUUUCAGUGCCAUUAACAGAGCCCGCAGGGUCGCUCUUUUACUGAUGGGCAAAGGCAAGCAUGAGCUGAUCACCCAGCUGAGCCGAGUGAAGGACAACCCAGACAAAUGGCCUGUCACCGGGGUGAAGCCUGUUAAUGGCAGCCUUGUUUGGUAUAUAGACUAUGAUGCACUUUUAGGUUAGGAAUUACAUUCUUAACUUGCAAUUUCACAGAUGUUUUAGGAGCUGCUUUAAUUGGUUGGUGGAAAAGAUUGUAUGAGCCAGCACUUAAUGGACCAGUGGUUUUCCAUGUUUUACCUUAACCACAAAUCACAUGUACUGAACAUUACUACUGCAUUGUUUUCUGAUUGAUUUCCUACCUUCCAACCAGCCAUUAGUUAGAGUUCAUAACAGCCAACUUAUUAAGGCUCGGACGGUGGUUGUGGAGUUUUCCACCACACAAAUGCACCAGCAAGAAAGAGUUGCAGCUGAAUUACAAUGUAACAUUAACAACUUAAAAGUUAGGGUUCAGUCAAAAGCUUUGAAAAUGUGUUUGCAGGAACGUAAAGUAUUUGCAAUUUGCAGUUAAUGGGUUAAAAACAACUGGUACGGUCCUGUAUAUUGAAAGUUCUAAUCUUUUUCUGUGUGUGUGUGUGAAAUGAAUAUACAGACUUUUUAUAGUUCAUCUUAGCCUAAUGAUGUGUGAGAUGAUUGACUCUAUGAAAAUCUGAUGUUGUAAACAUCUGGUGAUUUAUUUUCUUAUAACCCAGGGUGUUUGUAUGAUCUCAGGUGAAUUUGUGAAUUUGCAGUUUAUUAUGUAAUCUUCACUUCUUGAUUGUAUGUUUUCUAUUGUUGAGUGGCAGUGACCCACUUAAAAUGUCAUCAGUGAGUUAAAAAAGACUGAAAUGUGACCGGUCCCAUAAAUAUUAUAUUUAGUUUGAAUGUUAAUAAUAGAAAUACAAACAUUUUGGUCUUGAAAUGUUUCAGGUAUUUCAAAAUAGUUGGUGCUUCACUAAUAAAGCACAGUCCUGACCCAUAGACAUCCACAUUUCUCUCAAAAUUAGAUGCCUGUGAUCUUUAGGUGCUUUUUAUAGAUGAAGCCCAAACAAGAGCAGCUUUAUUUUAACUUUAGGUUGAUUUAUUUACUUUCUUUAAAUUGAAGGAGUGCUACUGAGUUUCAGCAGUCAUAUUAUUGUGCCUGUGUUUGAUCCAUCUUGAUGAGCAUUAGUGUUUCAGCUGAAAAGAAACACUAAUGCUGUCCUGCAUCCUGGUCUCGUAAUACAAACAACAGUGUGGGUCUGUGAAGAACAAGUUGAAAAGAGACUGAAUAAGAGUCUGCGAUGUAGAGUCACUGCAUCUACAAAAUAUUUUCCACCAUGCACUGUAAGAUGAGCACUUUGAUGCGUCACAUUGGCACCACAUGAUGUAGCGCAGACUUUUUGUCGUAGGCCACAGGAAUAUUACAUGCGUAGGUUGCAUUUUGAAGUGUUAUGAUUGUCUUUGCAUAACUGUAAUUUUCCUGUUGUUUUAAAGUUUGGCUCAUUAGGCGUGAAAGUUUCAAAUUGACUUGUGGUGAAUACAUAUCAUCUGAAGAGUAAUAUUCAUUCUGGCAGUAGGAAACAGGAGUCAGUUAUACCUUUACCCUAUUCCAGGCUACCUUUGGAAAUUGAAAAGAGUAGGUAAAACCAGUCUACAAGCUGCACUGGCUGGAUGUUCCAGUUUAGUUGUGUACAUUCAUGUAUUGUCACCAGAGCUGUUUUCCCAGUUACCUGUUUUGUAAGAGCAUUAAGAUGAUGGGAAUCACUUUAUGUUCUGGAACAGCAUCUGCACUUUUUUAAUAACACAACCUGGACAUCCUAAAGGUUCAUCAAAAUAAAGCAUUUCCUUUUAAUUGUUCUGCUACAAUCUGUUUAAUGCAGCUUUACUUUUCCAAUGAAAUAAAUAUCACUUUCAGUACUGUA